AUGGACCCGUACAGAUUUUUUUUCAAUUGUCGCGCUAAGUACGGCGACAUCUUCACUUUUAUUCUUCUCGGAAAGAAAACAACAGUAUAUCUGGGCACCAAAGGAAAUGACUUCAUUUUGAAUGGAAAGCUCAGGGAUGUCUGCGCCGAGGAGGUUUACUCACCACUUACAACACCUGUGUUUGGGCGCAAUGUGGUGUACGACUGUCCCAAUUCCAAACUCAUGGAACAGAAAAAAUUUGUUAAAUUUGGACUUACAUCUGACGCCCUUCGUUCUUAUGUUCGCCUAAUCACGGAAGAGGUGGAGGACUUCGUUCAAAACUCUUCGGCUUUUCAAGGCAAAAAUGGGGUCUUCGACGUAUCCAAAACAAUUGCUGAAAUCACCAUAUACACGGCGUCGCGAUCUCUUCAAGGGAAGGAAGUUCGGAGCAAGUUUGAUUCCACGUUUGCAGAAUUAUAUCAUAACCUUGAUAUGGGUUUUGCCCCUAUCAAUUUCAUGUUACCCUGGGCACCCCUUCCCCAUAAUCGGAAACGUGACGCAGCCCAGAAAAAGAUGACAGAAACUUAUAUGGAAAUUAUCAAACAACGGCGUCAAGCUGGUGGUAAGAAGGAUUCUGAAGACAUGGUUUGGAAUCUUAUGUCCUGUGUGUACAAGGAUGGCACCCAAGUCCCUGAUGAGGAAAUUGCACAUAUGAUGAUCGCCCUACUUAUGGCCGGUCAGCAUUCUUCGUCAUCUACUGCCGCGUGGAUUGUUUUGCACCUCGCCGCAUCUCCUGAUGUUAUGGAGGAGCUCUACCAAGAACAGCUUCGUGUUCUUGGUCCCGAUUUGCCUGCGCUCACUUACGAAAAUCUACAGAAAUUGGAUUUACAUGCCAAGAUUAUCAAAGAAACCUUGCGCAUCCAUGCUCCUAUCCAUUCUAUCAUCCGAGCAGUCAAAAAUCCAAUGCCUGUGGAGGGUACACCUUAUAUAAUUCCCACCACACAUAACGUCCUUUCUUCGCCUGGUGUUACUGCAAGAUCGGAGGAACAUUUCCCUAGCCCUCUCAAAUGGAACCCUCACCGUUGGGAUGAAACCAUCACAGUCGACACCGAUGAUGAAGAGAAAGUUGACUAUGGUUACGGAUUAGUUACCAAAGGCACCAACAGCCCAUAUCUCCCAUUCGGCGCCGGAAGACAUAGGUGCAUCGGCGAGCAGUUCGCUUAUAUUCAGUUGGGAGCAAUAACUGCAGCUUUGGUACGGCUUUUCAAAUUUCACAAUCUACCAGGAGUUGAAAAAUUGCCGGAAACGGACUACUCGAGCCUCUUCUCAAAACCCUUAGGUAAAUCUUUCGUGCAGUUCGAGAAACGACAAGCCCCGAAAUCAUGA